CUUGCAAGUUUCAGCAACAUUUAAAGGAAGCUUUUUGGAAAAAUGGCUAGUGUCUAUCAGAUUGCUGCUGGCUGUCUAAUUGCAUUUGGCCUCUUAAGUAUCUCAUCAGGAAUUUUAGGAUUUUUCCCAGUUUUCAGCAAUAAGCCUUUGUUUAUUGGAUGGAGUAUUCGGAUUGCUUGUCCAAUCUGGAAUGGAGCUCUGGCACUUAUUGUUGGUAUUCUCACACUGUUGGCCUACAGAGAAUGGACAAAAAAAUCACUGUGGGAAGCUACAUUCAUGUUUACACUACUAAGUGUCAUUGGAACACCAGUUCAGCUGGUACUGGCCAUUGCUUCCAUCCUUAUUGGUCCAUAUUGCUACUAUACCUUUGCUGGAAGCUCAUCAACCAACUACAUUGGAUAUGCAAUUAAAUUUCCGUUUCCUUAUGCCAAAUUUCCGAAUGUAUGUACAGAUCCUUACUUCUAUCAGUGGUACUAUCUGAUUCUUCAAAUCAUCAACUUGGUUUCGGGUGUCAUUAUUUUAUGCUCAUCUCUGGCAAUAGCAAUCAAGCUUGCAGCAAGGAUUAUACGAUCGGGAACCUUGAAUGGACAAAAGCAUGCAUGGUGAAUCAUUAAUAAAGAUGAAGGAGGAAAUCUGGAAGCUAAAACACCUGCAUAUGGUGUUGUCUGAAGAUAAAUAAGACAUUAUUAUGUGAGAUAGAGGCCAUUUAAAAAAAAACAAACAAACAUAGCUUUCUUGAGGAAAACUAUUCACAUGUGAAUAUCAUAAUUUUAAACUUUUUAAUUGUUGCCCUGUACUGACAAUGCCAUGGCUAAAGGAAUCCUCGGAGAAUCUACCUAUGACUUUUACCAGUCGCCAUCCAUUUCCUCCACCAAGUCUACAAAUGUCUUUGGUGGCCAGGCAUUUAACUUAAAAACCCAUUUUCUGGAACUCUUUACAUUUUUUACCUAACCUUUUCAAUGAUGAGUUUUUUAUGCACAUUUCAUCAUGACUUUAAUAAGAAAAAAAACAUUACAUUCUCUUGACUGUGAUGCCAUGUGGACCUUUCCACAUAUACACCAGGUAUUGUUUAUACUACAGGUAUAGGAUCCCUUAUCCGGAAACCCGAUAUCCAGAAAGCUCCGAAUUACGGAAUGGCUGU